CAUAUACUAAGUGACAACAUAACAUAAGAACGACCGGAUCACUCUUCGGACAUCAAUAAGAAUCAGUUGCCAUCUUUAAUAAAUCAACCCAAGUUAUACACUAGUGCUCCCAUGGAAUCUUGUAUAAAACAUUCCCUUCUUGUUUUCUUCUAUCUGAUCUGUUUGUCAUUCUUCGUUGCUGCGGUGGAAGCUGUGACGAAGCCACGGCCAUUCAACAACAAGGUCUCAGCUGUUCUCGUGUUCGGAGACUCCACAGUAGAUUCCGGGAACAAUAACUAUGUCAACACUCUUUUUAGGGGCAAUUUCCCACCCUAUGGGAGAGACUUCCGAGGCCACAAUCCCACCGGAAGGUUCAGCAACGGGCGGCUCACCCCGGAUUUUAUUGCUUCAUAUGCUGGUGUCAAGGAUUUUGUGCCGCCAUAUUUGGACCCAACACUUACCACUAAGGAGCUGUUAACGGGAGUUAGCUUUGCUUCUGCCGGCUCCGGAUUCGACCCGCUCACACCCGAAUUAAGUAGCGUAAUUUCAAUGCCGGAUCAACUGGAGUACUUCAGAGAAUACAAGAAGAAAUUAGUGUUGGCCAUCGGAAAGAAAAGAACAGAAGAGCAUAUCAAGAGGGCAGUGUUCCUCGUUGGUGCCGGUACGAAUGACUUCGUCGUCAAUUAUUUUACCUUGCCAGUCCGUCGAAAGACCUUCUCCGUCACAGAUUUCGAGAAAUUCAUCCUGCAACUUGUUACGGAUUUCAUCCAGGGUUUAUGGGAAGAAGGAGCUCGGAGAAUCGCGGUGUCCGGUCUACCUCCGAUGGGCUGUUUGCCGGUGGUCAUCACACUCUACGCCAAUGACGCCAUCUUAAACCGCGGAUGCGUCGGCCAAUAUUCACAUGUUGCAAUGGAGUACAAUAAAAAGCUCCAAAACGAAUUAAAUUUGAUGCAUCAUAAUCUAGCAAAUCAAGGUGCAAAGAUCGUUUACUUCGACAUAUUUAAUCCCUUGGUUUACCUGAUCCAAGGGCCAGGAAAAUUCGAAUUUGAUGAUGUUAGUCAUGGCUGCUGCGGGACUGGUUUGCUGGAGGCUGGAUUCUUGUGCAACCCGAAAUCAUAUGUUUGCUCCGAUGCGUCUAAGUAUGUAUUCUUCGAUUCGAUACAUCCAACAGAGAAGACAUAUUUCAGGGUAUUUGAGGCGGGUCGUGGUGUCAUUGAUCUCCUUAUUAAGGACUAGGGAUAUUUAAUCAUUCAGAUAUCAUGCGAAAAAAUAAAUUCUGAACAGACAAAUAUAUAUAUAUAUAUAUGUGCAAUAUGGCUUGAUGGCACUGAAAUUUUUUUUUUAAUGGAAUGUUGAUUCCUAGUUAGAAAACCUUGGAUACUAUUAAACAUGUGGAGGAAAU